AUGGCUCCCACCACCCCAACCCCAACCUCACCGCGGAAACCGCUCAAACUGCUGAUGCUCCACGGCUACACGCAGUCCGGCAACAUCUUCAACUUCCGAAGCCGCGCUCUGGUAAAACACCUCCAAAAGUCCCUGCCCCUCUACGAAGUCUCCGCCGCAUACCCAACAGGCCCUAUCCGCCUCCAGCCCAGCGAGAUCCCAGGCUACGAGCCCUCCCCAGAAGUCAACCCAGACGACGAGAUCGAAGCCUACGGCUGGUGGCGGCACUCCACCAGCGCGACCCCGCCGCUGUAUGCCGGCAUCGAAGAAGGGUUCGCGACCGUAGCGCGCACACUGAAAGAAGAGGGCCCCUUCGACGGCGUGAUCGGGUUCUCGCAGGGCGCGGCGCUGGCCGCUAUGGUCGCUUCGCUGCUGGAGCCUGGCCGGAAGGAGUCGUUCGAGCACUUUUCUAAGAUAAGCGAUGAGGGGGGCGCGGGCAUGGAUUUCCCUGCGUCGUUCGCGGAGGACGGGUUCCAGCAUCCGCCGCUUAAGUUUGCGAUUUCUUACUGUGGGUUUAGGGCGCCUGGGGCUCGGUAUAGGGCUUUCUAUGAGCCGGCGAUUCAGACGCCUGUGUUACAUGUGCUUGGGUCUUUGGAUGCGAUUGUUGAGGAGGUGAGGAGUCGGGGUUUGGUUGAGGCUUGUGCCGGUGAUCCGGACAAGAAUGGGUUGGUUGUUUUCCAUCCUGGUGGUCACUUCUUGCCGAGUAAGCGGCCGUAUCUUGAUGCUGCUCUGACUUUUAUUCGGGAUGAAAUGGAUGGUAAUGGCAUCUUCUCGAAGAAAAAUGAGGCCAAGGAGGUGGAAGAGGAUGUGAAUGAUAUGGAUUUGCCAUUUUGA